UGAUCAAUAUUUCUUUCUUUCAUCUUCUCUAGUCCAAAAUAAAAUAUUUAUAUUCUUUUCUUUUCUUUUCUUUUUCUUUCUUUCUUGAGAUAUACUAGAAACUCACUGUUUCUAGUGAUCAUGUCAAGUAACAAAGGGAAAGAUAUAGCAGAAGGGUCAUCAAGAUCAGGUGGCGGUGGUAACGGUGGUGGCGGUAACGGUAAUGAUCAGCAAAACCCACCUCCGCUAAGCCGGUACGAGUCACAAAAACGGCGAGACUGGAAUACUUUUGGUCAGUACUUGAGAAACCAAAGGCCACCAGUUACAUUAGCUAAUUGCAACGCCACACAUGUUCUUGAUUUUCUUCGAUACUUGGAUCAAUUUGGGAAAACGAAAGUGCACUUACAAGGGUGUGUGUUUUUCGGACAGCCGGAGCCACCAGGCCCUUGUACUUGCCCUCUGAAACAAGCUUGGGGUAGCCUUGACGCGCUGAUAGGCCGCCUUAGAGCUGCGUAUGAAGAAAAUGGUGGGUUACCAGAGACAAACCCAUUUGCAAGUGGAGCUAUCAGAGUUUAUCUUCGUGAAGUCAGAGACUCGCAAGCUAAAGCAAGAGGAAUUCCUUAUAAGAAGAAAAAGAAGAAGAGGAAUAUCCCUAUUAAAGCUAGUAAUGAGAGCUCAAGUUUUCCCAUGCAGUAAAUCUUGUUUGGUUCCCUAGAAAAAGGAAAACGAUGGCCCUCAAAAUUUUCAAAGUCUUCGCAUUUGCCAUUUCCACAUUUUGGAGCUAUCUCUCUAUCAACUCUUCCUUUGGAUUGAGUACUUCCUAUUGGGAUGAAGAAGCAAUGUAAUCUAUACCUAAAACUGCGAAAGAUAGGCGAAGUUGGUCAAGAUAAAACAAGGGUAAGUCCAAAUUUUCUCCUCUUUUUGUUCAUUUUAAGUUUACUAUCCUGUGAAACAUACCCAAGUUUGAUUUUAAUUAUCUUUUCCAUGUAUUAUUUUUCGGAUAUAUGUAUUAUCGAUGCGAAAACUAUACAUAUCCUCGUUAAAUUUUCUCAA